AUGGCAAAGUGCAUGAUUCAUGACAAGGAGCUUCCUUACACGCUUUGGUGUGAGCCAGUGAAUACCUCUGUGUAUUUACUUAAUAGAAGUCCAACCCGAGCUUUGGAGAAUACUACACCUUUUAAGAAUUUUAGUGGGAGAAAGCCUGGCGUUAAACAUUUCAAGGUGUUUGGCUUGGUGUGUCACUCACUUAUUCCUGGAAAGUUAAGGCAUAAGCUAGAAGCAACAAGUGCCAUAGGAGUUUUUAUUGGAUAUGGUACAUGUGAGAAUGGAUACAGAAUAUUGAAUCUUGCAACUCAGAAGGUUUUUUUCUCAAGGGAUGUGGUUUUUGAUGAGCAUGGCAAAUGGGACUGGGAGCAACACAAAGUGAAAGAAAUCUGCAUUCCACUUCCUGCGGAUGAAAUGUCAGAUAUGAGAACAACUGAAUCAGAAGAAGAACCUGCUUUCCAAGAACUUGAAAUAGAAGAAGAACCUGCAGAUGAUCCCUCGAUUGAUGACACACCUUUGAGGUACAGAAAUCUGAGUGAGAUCUAUGCAAGUUGCCAUUCAUGCAUAGUGGAGCCUGAGAACUUUGAUGAAGCUGCACAGGAUGAAGCUUGGAAGAAGGCAAUGGAAAAUGAGAUGAACAUGAUUGAGAAGAAUCAGACGUGGGAAUUGGUAAAUAGACCUUUCAACAAACCUAUAAUUGGAGUAAAAUGGGUGUACAAGAAUAAGUUGAACUUGGAUGGUUCAGUUCAAAAGCAUAAAGCUAGACUAGUUGCAAAGGGCUAUGCACAAAAGCCCGGAAUAGACUAUAAUGAAACCUCUGCACCAGUGGCAAGAUGUGAAAUCAGCUUUUCUGAAUGGAGUGCUUCAAGAGGAGGUGAGCAGCUCGAUGAUUUUAUUGUGCAAGGAGAAGAGAAUAAAGUGUAUAAAUUGCACAAAGUCUUAUAUGGCUUGAAACAGGCUCCUAGAGCCUGGUAUGGAGAAAUAGACUCUUAUCUCGUGCAAUGUGGUUUUAAAAGGAGCACAAGUGAGGCAACAUUAUAUGUUAAAGGCAGGGGAACCUCGGAUUUGGAUUGUAAAUCGGUUGGUAUUCCUGUUGUACCAGCUGAUAAAUUGAAGAGAGAUAGUGAAAGUGGAGCUGCAAAUGAAGCUGAAUACAGAAAACUAGUGGGAAGUCUACUCUACCUCACUGCAACUAGGCCGGAUAUUAUUGACUGGUUUGGAUUAGAAGAUGAUAUGAAUAGUACAUCAGGAUAUGCUUUUACAUUUGGUCGUGGAGUAUUCUCUUGGGCAUAUGUGAAGCAACAAUGUGUUGCUAUAUCCACAGCUGAAGCAGAAUAUGUAAGGGCAUCAGAGGCAACUGCACAAGCUACUUGGUUACGGUUUGUGUUAGAAGAUUUUGGUGAAAUGCAAACUGUGGCAACACCCCUAAACUGUGAUAACACCUCAGCCAUUGCUAUCCCCAAGAAUCUGAUCUUUCAUCAGAAAACCAAACACAUAAACCGAAGGUAUCACAACAUCAAAGAAGCUCUACAACAGGGUGUAAUCAACUUGAUUCAUUGUCCUAAAAUGGAGCAAGUAGCUGACAUCUUCACUAAGACUUUGGCAAGAGAACAAUUCGCUUAUCUUAGAGAAUCGCUUGGGGUGAAAUCAGUUCACAAUUUGAAGGGGAGUGUUAAUGUGCAAAAUGGUAAACUGAUUUAG